GGUUGGGAAACCAUACACCAUGAUGAGAAAGCUCAAUAUGAGGCCAUUACAGUGCGUGCUUGAACAAGAUAAGAGAAGAGCUGUGGUUAAGAACGGGAAGGAUUCAUUGGAUAUAUGUAGGCUUGUGAAUGGAAUGUGGCAGACAAAGGGUGAGUGGGGUGCGAUUGACCAUGACAAUGCUGUGGAUGCUAUGCUUCGAUAUGCUGACGCUGGUCUCACCACCUUUGACAUGGCUGAUAUAUAUGGACCUGCUGAAGAUCUAUAUGGCAUCUUUAUCAACAGAGUUCGUCGGGAGCGCCCACCAGAAUACUGGGAUAAGAUCAGAGGUCUCACUAAAUGGGUGCCACCACCAGUUAAGAUAACAAGCAGCUUUGUUAGGGAGAGCAUCAAUGUAUCAAGAAAGAGAAUGGAUGUGUCUUCCUUGGACAUGCUUCAAUUUCACUGGGUUGGUCAUAGAGUAGGAAACUUUCAAAAUGUUUUUGCUGGAUUUGUCUCCUUUGUUCUUAUGAGUGAUGAAAUGAGGUGGGAUUAUUCCAAUCCUGGCUACCUUGAUGCACUAAAACACCUGACUGAUCUGAAGGAAGAAGGUCUGUUCUUGCCCGUCCCCAGUAAAAUUAAGACUCUGGCUUUGACAAAUUUUGAUACAGAGAGGUUGCAGAUUGUUCUUGAGAAUGGAAUACCCAUUGUUAGCAAUCAGGUGCAACAUUCAAUUGUUGAUAUGCGUCCUCAGCAGAAAAUGGUUGAGCUUUGUCAGCUUUCAGGAGUCAAACUCAUAACAUAUGGAACUGUAAUGGGUGGUUUAUUAUCUGAGAAGUUCCUUGACACCAACUUGGACAUUCCAUUUGCUGGCCCUCCAUUGAACACACCCUCUCUCCAGAAAUACAGAACGAUGGUGGAUGCUUGGGGAGGAUGGAGCUUGUUUCAAACCUUACUUCAGACAUUGAAGAAAAUAUCAUCCAAGCAUGGGGUCUCUAUCCCAACUGUUGCUGUGAAGUACAUAUUAGAUCAACCAGCAGUCGCAGGAUCAAUGGUUGGGGUGAGACUUGGUUUGUCGGAACAUAUCCAAGACACAAAUUCCAUAUUUUCACUUAUUCUUGACGAGGAAGAUGUAAACAGCAUACAAGAAAUCUAUAAAAGAGGGAAAGAUCUACUCAAAAUUGCUGUUUGCUGUUUGCCCGUGUUCUGCUAUCAUUUUUGCCGCAGAAUUUCAUUUCUUCCUUCACCCUGCUCCCAAAAAGCUACGACUGUAGAAUUUAUCGGGACCCAUUUGACGCUAGUGGCGAAUAUCUUCAGCGGUUCCUUUGUUGGCCUUAACCAACUUUUGACGAUUAACAAUGUUGAACCCUUUUGUCAAGACGAGCUUGUAUUGUAUAGACAGUGUGCUGAAAGAAGGGAUAAGGAACUAAGGCAGCGACUCAAAGAUAGUGAGGGAAAAUUGGGGUUAUCAAUGCCUUUAGAACAAGCAAAGGAAAGAGCUUCUGAGCCCGAAUCAGAAGUCACAGGCUCACAGCAUUGGAGAGGCACUUGAUUCUGGCUAGUGGAAUUGAAGGCAUUGAAGGAUUCCACCAGAGAUGGAGUUUGCAUGGACGUCUUUCAGAUACUAAGAGUCGGUUGGAAUCCUUAAAGCAGGGCAUAGAGAAUAGAAAAAGGGAUGAACCCAGUGCAAGUCCAACUAGCAAAAGAUGCUUCUUUUGGUAAUCUUGGAGCAUGCAUUUGUAUGUCAAUACGAACCGGUUUCCUGGGGAUACAUCUUAAGAGUCCGUUCUCUCAGAAUUAGCUUUCUUGUGAAAUCAGUUUAAAACGACCUUCCUGUUUUCAUAACGAUGUGGACAUUGGAUAUGUUCCCGGUAAUGGCAUGCCAUAAUAUGUUUUAUGAACAAAUAUUCUUUUCAUCA